AUGUCAGGAAGAGGUAAAGUUCCAGCCAUUGGUAUAGAUCUCGGAACAACAUACUCUUGUGUGGCUGUUUGGCAGCACAACCGCGUUGAGAUCAUAGCAAACGAUCAAGGAAAUCGGACAACUCCCUCUUUUGUUGCCUUCAACGACACUGAACGUUUGGUUGGUGAUGCUGCCAAGAACCAGGCUGCAUAUAACCCAACCAACACCAUCUUCGAUGUUAAACGGUUGAUUGGAAGAAGAGCAAGUGAUGAAUUGUUCAGAAAGACAUGA